UGGGCGAGGACAUGUCCGAAGUGAGGACGGAGACGCCGCCCGAUAGAGAGGCCAGUGGGCGUGAGAGAUCGCCCUCGGCCGCCCACAGCCAGAGGGCGAGCGCGCAGCCCAGCAAGCGGCGACGCAAAGGCUCCACGGACGACGAGGGAGAAGAGGCGCACGAAGAGGCGUGGCUACCCGCGUUGGCCGCCGCGUCGCUGGGCAGUCCGGGCGAAGAGGCGCCUCGGGAAGGAUCGGGUCGGCUGUCGCUUGUCGAGGCGGACGCGCGUGGCAUGUGGGGCGAACGGCCAGCGCACUCCCCUCCGCAAAGGGACGUGCGGAGCGGAGGGUCCUACGAGAGCGUGCAGCUUCCGGGAAGCAUCAUGGACGACACGCAACCGCUCGCCUCCGCCGACGUCCUCCAGUCGAAGUACGACAAGUACAACGACCCCUUCAAGGUGCAGAAGGCUACGGACGACAAGCAGGUCCGAAAGACGGUGGAGACGCUGUUCUUUCGGGACAACAAGAGGAAAAUCGACUUCGUGCUCGUGUACAAGGACGAGGAAGACGACGAGAAGCUCGAGCGGAGGAAGAUCUUCGAGCACAACCUCCGCGAAGAAGGACUGGAGCUCGAGACGGAGGAUAAGAAGCAAUCGCAGGAUGGCCAGACGUACUUCGUCAAGAUCCACGCGCCCUGGGACCUUCUGGUACGAUACGCCGAGAUCAUGAAACUCAAGAAGCCGAUUAAGAAAGACGACACGGAGAAGAAGAAGAAGAACGACAUAUUCUCGUGGAUGGGCAUUAAGAACCCCUUUAUGUACGACGAGAAACUUAUUCCCCCUGAACCGACAUACUUCUCGACCGGAUUCUCUCGCUCGCAUGUUGAACAGUUUAUCAUCAAGGACCGGGAGACCUUCUUCACGCCGUCGCAGAGGAGCCAGAUUGUGUGGGAAAUCCUUCUACGCGUUCGUUAUAACAAUUCCGAUCAAGGACUUGGCAUUUCCCGCCUCCUCUCCAACGACACCUACGUGGCCGCCUAUCCCCUUCACGACGGCAGGUACGACAAGGACGGUCCCGACGGCUCCAUCUGCGACCGCCGGCUGCUGUACCUGGAGUGGGCGCAGUUCAAGAAAUGGUACAAGAUCCAGCCGCUGCAUGUCAUCCGGCGUUACUUCGGCGACAAGAUGGCGAUGUACUUCGCUUGGCUCGGAUUCUACACGCAGAUGCUCAUUCCGGCUUCGCUCUUCGGGAUUUUUACCUUUACUUGUGGCGUCUUCAUUAUGUUCUCGGAUUUUAACCAGCCGAGCGAGGAGAUCUGCAGCAACACCUCAGACACGAGUGCCAUCGUCAUGUGCCCGCUGUGUGACCGCCUCUGCGACUUCUGGAGGCUUGGCGACAGCUGUGCGAACGCCUACAUUACCUUCCUCUUCGACAACCCCGCCACGGUCUUCUUCUCCAUCGCCAUGUCCUUCUGGGCGACCAUGUUCCUGGAGCUGUGGAAGCGCAAGCAGUCGGUGAUCCAGUGGCAGUGGGACCUCGAGAACUACGAGGAGGAGGAGGAGCUGCGGCCCGAGUACGAGGAGAAGGUCACCACGACGAGGAUCAACCCGGUGACCAACAAACCCGAGCCUUACAUGCCCCUCACGGACAAAGUAUCUCGCUACGUCGCCUCGUAUUCGGUCAUACUUGUGAUGUUGUUCGUGAUGCUGGCGUCGGUGUUCAGCGUGAUCGUGUACCGGAUAGCGGUGGGCCUCGCGAUAUACCAGACGGACUCCGACUUCAUCCGCCGUAACGCCAAGCUGGCCACCUCCAUCACCGCCGCCUUCAUCAACCUCGUGCUCAUCAUAAUGUUCAAUUUCGUCUACGAGAAACUAGUUGCGUGGCUCACCAGCUUGGAGGUUCCGCGGACGGAGACGGAGUACGAGGACUCUUUCACUCUCAAGAUGUUCAUUUUCCAGUUCAUCAAUUACUACGCCUCGCUCAUUUACAUUGCGUUCUUCAAGGGUCGCUUCCUGUACCACCCCGGAGACAUAGAAGUGAGAAGGAACUUAUUCGCAAAGGCUCGUUACGACAUGUGCGACUCUGCCGGGUGCUUCUUUGACCUGUGCGUCCAGCUGAUCAUCAUCAUGCUGGGAAAGCAAUUCUUCAACAACAUCAUCGAAAUAUUUUGGCCGAUCCUGCGCGUGUGGUGGAACAAGCGAACUGGCCACGACAACCAUCUCAGCGAAGCCUACACGCGCUGGGAGCAGGACUACGAUCUCGCCCCCUACACCAGGCUCUCCCUCUUUAACGAAUACCUCGAGAUGGUGAUCCAAUACGGGUUCGUGACGAUGUUCGUGGCCGCCUUCCCUCUGGCUCCUUUCUUCGCCCUCGUCAAUAACUUCAUCGAGAUCCGCCUGGACGCCUUCAAGUACCUAACGCAGUGUCGUCGGCCGCGCGCUGAGAGGAUCCAGGACAUCGGCAUCUGGUACUCGAUCCUCAAAGGCAUCACAUACUUCUCUGUCGUCACGAACGCUUUGGUCAUUUCGUACACGAGUGACUUCAUCCCCCGACUCGUGUACAUGUACCAGUAUUCGGACAGCAACAACCUGGUGGGAUACGUCAAAAGCAGUCUUUCAGCGUUCAACACGUCGCAGUACACGAACGAAAUGGGCCCCGAGAACCGAACGGGUUGGCCAGAGCUGUGCUACUACAAGGCGUAUCGCAACGGCCCGGCGGACGAGAACCCUUACGACCUCAACCAGCAGUUCUGGCACGUGGCUGCGGCUCGUCUGGCCUUCAUUAUUAUAUUUGAGCACAUCGUGUUCUGCCUGACGAGCGCCGUAGCGAUGGCCAUCCCGGAUAUUCCCGUCGAGGUGAAGAACCAGAUGCUGAGGGAGAAGAAGGUCGAGAAGGAGACGCUGUUCGAGAACGAGAUGAAGAAGAUCCGGCAGGAGCGGCUGGUGCGCAACGACCGCGUGAGUUCGCCCGAAGACGAUAACCUGGACAUCGACCUGGGCGAAGGACUCCAGACGCGGCGGAACUCACGCGUCGCCACGCCCACCUUGGCCUCUGGGUUAUUCCACGAGCACCACGCAUAGCAGAGAUCAUACCCUUGAAAGCCACCCAUCCUCUGUAGGCACUUUCCUUGCAUGUAGCUGGUCGCGGUAGGAAGGAGUUGAACUUUCAAGCACCAUCGUUGCGUAGUUUCCAAGCUUGGCCAACAAGGGGGCUGAGGUUACCAGGUAAUCGACGUUGCCGGAGGAGGGAAAGCAGUCCAAUGCCGGGCCUCAGGUAGCGUUGCCGUUUGCCUCCUAAGAAAACGUUGCGGUUAUUCCUUGCAAUCUACUUGAGAAGUAGAUCGAUAGGAAAACCUGACGUGAAGCUCUCAGUCCCUGUGCCGAUGUUUGAAUAUAUUUUUAUUCAGUGGUUUGCACAAUAUCAGGUUUUCUGACCGAAGUCUUCCCGAUUUUAGACACCUUAUUGUUGUAAACUAUACGAUAAGUUUUACUGCAGACAUAUUUUGUGAGCCAGGAGAAUUAUAGUGCAGAUAAUUUAUCUCACAGGGAGCAUAAAGUUAAAGAAAAACACACAUAUGACAAAAAUAGAAAAUUACUCCUACAACCAAAGAUAGCAAGUAUGUAACUGUCCAGAUUUUAUAUUGUAAGUAUUCACCAUUUUUGUGAACACAAUAAACAUUUACGUCACCAAAAAUCCAUUUCAUAUUAAGAGCAUUUUUGUAACGCAUGUUUCUCUAAAUGUUGUAAGUCGUAUGAUAAAUCCUUUAUAAAAGUCAGUACUGUUUGCUAUCUUAUCUCAGCAUGGAUUUUGAAAACAAUAUAUACAAAGAAUUUCCUACAUGUGCACAUGUAACUGUGUCUGCGCGUGUGUGUGCGCGCGCGCACGUGUGUGAGUAUGUGUGAGGCCAUGCAUGAGCAUAAACAGAUAUCCGUUUCUUUACUUGUUCAUUGUAGAUGCCAGUGUGAUUAAUACAUGCCAUGAGAGAACAGUCUGCAUUUUAUACAAUAUGAUGACUGAACAUUUAACUGAAUCAGUGCCCCUUUCUACCUUAGAAGUUUCCAGAUCAUGAGGAUUAGACCAACAAGUGCCCUUCGCUAUAUCAAAUUUUGUCAUUGGACACACUCCACAACAAAGGAGAGCCUGUACAGAGGGAAGGAUAUAUAAUGACUGAAUGCUACCCCUGUAUGGUUAAAAAUCUCAGCUAUUCGAAAGUAAUAACAACAAAGACGAGCAAUAUGAGCUUACUAAGAUUAAGUGCCGAACGUAUAAGUGUACUUCGGUUCACACAUUUCCUUUGGGAAUAAGUAGAGCCGCAGUAUAUUUAAGCUAUUUGACAUGGUAAAGUUUUGAGACCUUCAAGUCUGCAAUUCCAGAUUAUCGAAUUAAUUUCCGAGUUUAUUUUCACAAAUAACGAAAAAGGAAUAAAUGAGAAUGAAUAACUUCAAGCAUAAUGGGAUGCAACUGACAUCCUUCUUAAAUAUUAAUCUAUGUAAUGCAGGACUUUCUCAUUGAUACUUUUUCUCUAAAAAUCACACAGCUAGAACGAUGCCCAAAUAUGAAUGAUAGUAAGUAAGAUUUUCUUGCAGGAUAAGAUCUCAUUGUUGUUGUUGUUUGUAGAUACUAUAUAACUAAAGUGAUUAAAAUUUCCACUUAAUAACAGACUGAAUGGAUUGAGAACGUUUCUUUUACAUAUCAUUAGACCAGACUACAUUUUCUUCACCAUAUUCCAGAUAAAAGCUAAGUUCUUCACACUCUCUUAAUCACAGACUUGCACUUAUGUUGUCAUUACACAGUCAUUAUGAUCCAGCCUGCAAUAUAUGUGGUGUAUGAAUGUGUUUAAGAAAUGCUUUAUCUGGAUUUUACUCCAGAAAACUAUCUGUGAUACAUAGUUAAAGUAAAUCUUGGGGAAUGCUUCUUUUAUACCAUUUUUCUUGAAAAUCUAACAAUAAAUACUUUCAUAACUAAGAAUGGAACAUAUAUAAGAACACUGGUAUUUUCACUAUGUACACUUCUUCACAAACCAAAAAUACAGUGGUUCCCUGGAGUAUAUUAUCAUUUCAAACUACACUGUGGUUUUCACACUUGCCCAUAUUACUAAGCAGUACAGCCAUUCAUUUUUUUACAACUCUUUUAAUUAAUAUUAACAUGCAUCAAAUCAAGGGCAGACUUAGGGCAACCAGGCACUGCCCAAGGGUCAGAUGCACCUGGGGCCACAAUCUGCCCUUUUAAUGCCUUAUAUGAUUGUUCUUCAAGUCACUCAAUUUGCCCAGGGGCAGUCCACUUCCUCUUUAUAUGGAAAUUUUGCAUUUUUCAAUUAUGUGCAUGAGCCCAUCCCUCAUCUAUACAUUGUUCCUGUAUAGUAGUUCUUUCACACAAUAUUUAUUUAUUAGAUUUAGUACAGCUGAUAAAGCAAUAGAGGGGACUGCUGUACUUAACUUAAUGCUUUUUUUCCAAUUCUUACCUUAUUAUGCAUUUUCCCCUUCUUCCUCUUCAUAUUUCCUUUUAUAGUCAUGGGUAAUAGUGCAUACACUUACUGGGAAUGAGAAUAAUUAUUGCAGAAGAGAACUGUAGGUUGUAUAGUUUUUUUGUUUUUUUUUUUCUCAAAAUAUACAAUUUUAUAGUACAAAUAAAUAUAUUCACACCCAUUGCCACAAUGCAUUCUGCAAUUCUUACUGUUAUAUGUACCUUAUUAAGGCUAUAUCUAUUAUCAUAUUGUUUCUAGACUCUUUUACUCAUGUGUGUUCAUGUGAACAUUGUGAUAAAGUAAUUUCUGAAUUUAUAUUGCAACAUGAUUUUGAUGUAUCAAUUAAUAUGAACCACACUUAAUACCUAGCAUAGCCCAUUACCCUUCUAUUAAAUCAGUAUACAUAUCAUUAUUGUUAAUCAUAACAUUGUAACUAUUGAAUAUUUCAUCAAACUCCAGAAACCUGAAACCAAAUUAGAAAAGAAAUCAAAUAAAAUAUAUAACCAGACUUGUUUAUGUGAAGAGUAAAUACAAUUAAAUGAGUUUUUCUUCUGGUAGUCAGUUUUCACACAUUUAACCCAUUCGCCCCGGAUUUAUGUUCUGUCCCCUGUAGUUUUUGGUGAAUGUUGUUACAUACAGAUGGCCCCACAUGUGCUCAGCCGGCAAGGUGUCUAUCAGUGAGUGAUCCUGUUUUCCCCAAUCCUUGAAUUGGUGGGAAAAUGUGUUUUUCUUUUUAAUACAGUUGACAUUAAUACUAUUAUUAUUGUUAUUGAUGUUAUUAUUAAAUUGUUAUUAAAAGCUUGAUAACAUUUAUGAUGAAA